CUGAGGAACUUUAAAAACCUUAAGCCUCCUUUGAUUAAGAAGUGGCCUUAAAAGUAUGCAAAUAACUCAGUUGCUUCGCAAAGAACUUUAACCUAAACCGCAGCAUUCCGUGGCUAUAUACCAGAAGUAUCCCCUUUAAUUUAGAUCCUACUAAAUUUGCAAAUAUCAAAAUUUUAGUCGCUCCCAACUUUUUCUAUUCUAUUAUUUAUGAUAGACACCUCUUGCAAGACUAUAAAUCCUAUCUCUAUUUCAGCAAGAAGACUUCCCGGCCCAAGAAUUACAUUACUUCUGGGAUAUAAAUCGCGACCAGCCUCUUCAUAAUGGACUCCCCUGAAUUCCCGAGUAAUUUUCGUGAGCUCGCUAUUGCCAUGGUUGGUGUGGCUUCGAUACUCCGCCUCCUACAUGACCUUGAAAAUAUUGCCUAUUCUCGCCCAGGAAGAAUAGCCUUGUGGGCCAUAUCUCUUGUCUUUUUCAUAUCCUCUCUGGUGGUGGUGGUGGGUGAUGAUAUUGAGACGCAAAAGAGAAACCCAAAACUUGCCUUUCAUGCCUAUCGCCUAUUGGCAAGCCUCAUUGCUGUCGGUGUACAUAUAUAUCGUGCGCCCAUUGACGGAUCAUUGGCAUGGUUUCAUGAUUUUUCUUGGUGGCUCUGGGCUGGAUACCAUGUUUUCCCUAGUCUCUACCUAAUUCGAUUUGUUUUCAAUCCUAUAGCAUUGACCUUGUUUGUCGUUUCUGGACAGCCUCGCAAGAACCUGGAAGAGGCCAGGAGCCUGAAAAAGGGAGAGCCGGAUAGCGGUAAUCCGAGUUCGGGGAAAGGUCUUUAAUGGAUUCGAAUUGAUAUACAAAGGGCAAAUGAUAUAAGAAGGGCACUCGGAUACCGGGAUGGCUUAUAAGGGGUUGGUCUUUUUACAUGCUCGAUACGUGCAGAACCCAUCACAAGUACUUUUCAACUAAACAUCGCCGUCGGCAUUAUUGCAGCGUUUUCAUUCUCGUUCUGGUAUAUCUAAAAUCGCGUUAGUAUAUAUUGCCAUAGGCUUUUAUAGUUAGGGUUAUAUAAUGGGGCAAAAAAAUAAACGUCAAAAAU